AAUGGAAUUACAAACAUCAGACACAAUGUGCGUCCUAGCUGCUCAAUUUGCAUUCGUUUUACCACCUCAGGUUGUGAUUACGCUUAAGUGAUAAUUACUUAAACACAGCCGCUCCAAGACAUAUCUUACAGUAAGUGACACAUUUUCUGAAUCGUUUAUCUAUAUAGUUUGUGCAGGGGAAAACCUACAUAAUGCCCAGCUGUUCCCACCUUUACGCUGCCAUUCUGACGAAUAUCUUUCCCCUCCCCCCGGCUCAGUCAAGAGCGGAGCGAGUGUUGCCCGGGACCAUUGCGAGCAAGAUGGCGUUCUUUCUGUCAGCACCCGAACAGCUCCCGAUUGAUGCGCUGCAAACGCGUUAAUUGAGUUGCAGUGCAAGUUUCACAGCCGGCAGUGCUCGUUAGCCCUUUCAUUUAAAUCACCCAUCAAUGCCUUCCAGAGGGUUUUGUUCUGAUGGGAGAUUGUUUGGAGGGCCAACGCGUCUUUUGGUGCAAAGUCUUGCAGGGACAGAAGCUGAGGCGGUCCGUCUAAUUGCCUCGGCAUUCACCAGUGCCUCUGCAGCGACAAUCUCCCUCAUUUCCCCUCAGUUUCUAUGAAUGGGGAAAUACCACACGGAGGAAAGAUAAGAUCUGAAGAGCCAAUAUCUUAUCUGGGACAAAUGUACAGACAAAUGACAGAGUUAUAGUGCGAAGAAUUACCGUUGAACAUCUGUCUCUUCAUUCGACGCUUGCUCACUUUUCGACGGGAAAAGGGAUGCCACGAGGACAGCAUACCUCCGUGAAUUCAUGAGGAUGCACAGUCCGAGCUCUACAUUUUCGGUCAGAAUAGCGCACUUUUGAUUCUCCGACACCCCGCACCCCACUGCCUCUGUGAGAAUGAGCGCGGCUCUCGUAGUGAUGGUCAUGACUUCGUCCUUCUUCAACCCGGGUUUUGCCCUCAGCUCCCAUUUCGACACAGAUGGCGCCCCGCUGAGCGAGCUCUCCUGGUCGUCCUCCCUGGCCGUGGUGGCCGUCUCCUUCUCUGGACUCUUCACCUUCAUCUUCCUCAUGCUGGCCUGCCUGUGCUGCAAGAAAGGGGACAUCGGCUUCAAGGAGUUUGAGAAUGCGGAGGGCGAGGAGUACCAGGCCGACGUCUCCACCCUGGCCUCGCCGGCCACCCAGACCGGCCCUGAGGUCUACAUCCUGCCCCUCACCCAAGUCUCCCGCCCCCUCAACAAGCAGCCCGGACGAUCAGUCCAGCUGUUGAAAUCCUCAGAUGUUGGUCGCCACAGCCUGCUCUACAUCAAGGAGAUUGGCCAUGGCUGGUUUGGAAAGGUUCUCCUGGGUGAGGUCAACUGUGGUGUGAGCACCAUGCAGGUGGUAGUGAAGGAGCUGAAAGCUAGUGCCAGUGUCCAGGACCAGAUGCACUUCCUGGAGGAGGCCAAGCCUUUCCGGGGCCCCCAGCACCCAGCGCUGCUGCAGUGCCUGGCCCAGUGCACCGAGGUCACCCCCUACCUGCUGGUCAUGGAGUUCUGUCCGCUGGGCGAUGUGAAGGGAUACCUGCGCAGCUGCCGAGCGGCUGACACCAUGACCCCUGACCCCCUGAUCCUCCAGAGGAUGGCCUGUGAGGUCGCCUCAGGGCUCCUCCACCUCCACAAGCAUAACAUCAUCCACAGUGACUUGGCCCUGAGGAACUGUCUGCUCACGUCAGAUGUGACAGUGAAGAUAGGGGAUUAUGGACUCUCUCACAGCAAAUAUAAGGAUGAUUAUUUCGUGACGCCAGAUCAGACAUGGGUACCAGUGCGCUGGAUCGCCCCAGAACUCGUCGAUGAAGUCCACGGAAACCUACUUGUGGCAGACCAAAACAAGCAAAGCAAUAUCUGGUCUCUGGGCGUGACCAUCUGGGAGCUGUUUGAGCUGGGGACCCAGCCCUAUCGCCUCUACUCCGAUCGACAGGUGCUCAACUACACCGUGAAGGACCAGCAGCUCAAGCUGCCCAAGCCCCUGCUCACGAUCCCUCUGGCAGAACGCUGGUACGAAGUGAUGCAGUUCUGCUGGCUCCAGGCGGACCAAAGACCCAACGCUGAAGAGGUCCACCUCCUGCUAAACUACCUGUGUGCCAAAUGCGCCAGCGAGGCCGAGGAGGACUUCGAGAGGCGCUGGACCUCCAUGCGGCCCAACACCGGGCACCACAGCCUGCACGGCGCCGGAGCGCUGUCCCUGGAGAUGGCCCCGUCCGCCUCGUCGUCCUUCCCCUUGCUGGAGCAGUUCUCGGUGGGCGACAACUACCACUCCGAGUCCGGCGAUGACGUCCUGACAGUGACGGAGACAAGCCAUGGGCUGAACUUCGAGUACAAGUGGGAGCAGGCGCGGGCCGAGCAGUCGUAUCACCACUCUUCAUCCACAGGCACCUUGGGACAGGGCAAUCCACACUGCCAGGAGAUAUAUUACCCACCAGGGGGUAUCGUCGGUGGCUGUGGGAUGGAUGGGCUCACCCUUGGGGUGACGCCGUCAUACUACGAGCCCAAGCAGCUGCACGCUCCAGGGACAGUCCCUGUGUUGAGUGCCCACAGCCCUUCAGUGAGCAGUGAGUAUUACAUCCGCAUUGAGGAGCCAAUGGACUGCAAUGUUGACAUAGAUUACACCAUGUCCAGCUACAGCCCAGAGUUUGGUGGUAGCAAUGGGAGCUUUCUGACAGGGAGUGGAGACUCUCGAGAAUGUAUGACCUGCCCCGCGGAGGUCAAGCCCAUCGACUCCUACUGGGCUGCGGAUGUCCACAAAAGCAGUGCCUAUGAUUCGGACAACACAAGCCCUGCCUUGUCCCUAACCAUGGAGCCUCUGCUCGGGCAGGUGUCCAACGACAGCCCACUGGGGAGGCCCUGGGAGUCGGGACAUUAUGUCUCCUACAAGGACAGAGAUGGGGGCUACUACUAUGAACACUCACCCCCCAUAACAAUGGAUGGCUAUAUUAUUGGGAAGCCUCCAGAACCCCUCCAGGAGAGCUGGGGGUCCCGUAGCCUGAGGCGGGCGCUGCGAGAGCUGGAGAACCCUCUUGGGAUUCCUCCUUCUCUUGACAGCCCCCGCCACGGCUACAGCGCCGACCCCUACCUGGAGACCAGUCAAGGCUCCAUCAUUGGGAAGAAUGUCACAGGAGGCUACUAUGACAUGAUGGGUUCCCUUAGGAAGACCAUGCCCAAUUCUCACCAGGUCAGCAUCGACAUAGAGUCAGAGGGAGCACUCUUCCUCCGCCACAGGGACAGCGACAGUGAGGAGGAGGAUGAUGAGGAAGAUAUGUUUGUUGAGAGGCAGGCUCAUGGCUGGUCCAGCCACCCCAACAGCAACAGUGCUAGUUUGUGCCGGAGACAGGGUUCAUGUCGACGACAGGAUGCCUACAUGGAUUUCCACUAUACCAUGCCCACAACAGAUGUUGAGGAUUGCUGGUCGGAUGAGCAAAAGUUAGCCUACCAUCACCCUCCUAAACCUAUAGACUACCUGGAGGCCACUGCAAAGGACAGUGGCUGUGUUGCACAUGGGGGUCAUCAUCCACUGCUAACUGCGGAAUGCAAUCCGUACAUCUACAUAUGCCAUGAGACUGCGCCAGACAAGGUAUUGCCUGUUGAGUGUUGCCAAGUUGUGGAGAGCCCUCACUUCAUUGAUCCUCUCACUGGUGCAGUUGUGAGGAACUGUUACAUCAAUGACUAUGAGAAGAUCAUUGGAGCGCCCAGCGAAGGCAAGAAAGAAAAUAAGGAACUAUCAGCCGAUUUGACCUCAAAGGCAAAUAAGUCAACUCAGUAUGACCUUACAGAGCAAUAUGUGGAAAUAACUGUGGAGGAUUCGUCCUCUAAGAAAGAGGAGAGUGCCAAGGAAGAGAUCGCACCAAACGAGUCCAAACCUGUGGAGAUCACCCCCAGCCAAAUAACAGAGCAGAGCCCUGCCACAGUCAUCCAAUCAGAAGAGAGCCCUGCCACAGUCAUUCAAUCAGAACAGAGCCCUGCCACAGUCAUCCAAUCAGAACCCAAUUCAGAACUGAGUCGGACGGCGGACAGUGGGAUUGACCGGGGACACUCCAGCGUCAGCCUGGUGGAGAUCGAUGACUGCAGUGAUGACGACAUCACCGAUGUCACCUCAGCAAUCUUCGGCGAGUUCCCUGUGGACUACGUCGAGGCGGGCGACUACAACACCUCUUCCCCUGCUCUGAAGUCCCUCCAGAAACAGGUGGGCACUCCAGACUCUAUGGACUCCAUCGACCUGCCCUCUACCACAGGCUCCAGCGAAGCCUUCAGCCCUGCCUCUCACCCGUCCAGCUCCCCCAAAGCCAUGGACAGUGGCUACGACACAGAGAAUAAUGAGUCCCCUGAGUUUGUACUCAAGGAACCUCAUGAAUCGCAGGAGCCCAAAGCCUUUGUCCAGCCCCUGGGGAAACCAAUCAUCUCAGCAAGCUUGGAUGAGGAGAAGGAAGAUCCAGAAGCUGAAGCCACCUCUGCCUCUUUGCCAGCCUCUCAGAGCAGUGAGGGAGGGCUGACCGCUCUUAGUCAGGACAACCCUUACCGCGAUUCUGCUUAUUUUUCAGACUACGAUGCAGAGAAUGAAAAACUAGCUCGGGACGAGGAAGAAGAGAAGGGAAAAAAGGAGGAGUGUGAGACUCAACAGGUUGAGGUGAUAGAAGAGUUAAAGGUCAAUCCGUCAGAGGAACAUGAAAAGAAAGAGGAAGAGAAGGUGCAUGCCUCCCAGGAAGAGAGCGAGGAUAAUGAUCCUAUCAAAAAUGAGAGUCUUCUGCCCCAAUUAGAGAUCAUUGACACAGAGGACAAGAUAUCUGCCUCAACCCCCUGUUCUACCACUCCAGCCCAUUCUGCAGAGGAAGGCCAGAUGAAAGCAGAGAAAGAGUGUUUUCCAGAUGAAGUACUAGAAACUGAGACUGAAGUCUUGGGAGAGACCGUGGCAUCUGAACAGGCCGCAGACCAAGAGGGAUUGACUAGUACCCAAACAUUGUCCUGCGACGAGGUCUCCAGGGAAACUGGACACACAGAGAUUCCCGAGGUUCCAUCUACACCCCUUGAUUCCAAUGAGACAAACAGUGCCACUGAAUCUAACUCCAAUAUCAAACUGGAAGAAUAUGAAGAGGAGCGGGAACAUGAGGAAGCAGAAGUCUCAAACGUCGCCUCUCUAGUCAAACUACCUGAAGAACAUGAACAGGAGGACAGCGGUUCACCAGAUACCUCCAGCAAGAAGAAUCAAACCCCCCAAACUGGUCAAGAACAAGGAGAGGAGGUGCACUCUAAAAUCUCCACUCGUGCCUCCUCCCCUCCUCCACCCCAUUCUCCUCUUGAGGGUCGAGUGUCACCUGCCGACGGGGAGGAGGCGGACGAGGAAGACGCUGACUCCGAUGACAGCGAUGAAUCCGAUGAGGAGCUGCGGACCUAUAGCGUGCAGGAGCAGAGCGAGGAGAGUGAGGACGAGAACCACCCAAUUCCCAUCGUCAUUAGUGACUGCAGCGAUGCCCAUAACCUCCGCAGCCUGCUGAAGAUGACCACCCUAGUGACGGAGUCAUCCAUCGACGAACCAGAGGCCAAGAAGAAGGUUGUGUCCUUCUUUGAUGAUGUCACUGUCUAUUUGUUUGACCAGGAGAGUCCCACUCGGGAGCUGGCAGACCAAGGCUUUCCUCCCGGGGCAGAGUCCAGUAAGAAGGGGCCACGGGGCGCAGAGCCCCACUCACAGGAAAAGGUCAAUGCCUCUGAUGACUCCUCGGACGGGAACAUGUCAGAAGAGAGUGCUGGCUUUGAGUGGGAAGACGACUUCCCCCUGUUACCCAUCGGAACCUCUGCAAUAAAGCCUGCCCCAGAACCCAAGCCAGCUCCUCCCAAACUGCCACCUGUCACCGCGGAGACCAAGCCCACUAUUCAAUACUCCCGCUUCACCGUCUCGCCCUCAAUCAUCUCUCGCUUCUCCAUCACGCAUGUCACUGACUCGGACAUGGAAUCCGCAGGAGGGAGCAGCGAGGAUGGAGACAAAGAAUAGGUUGGAGCCGUGGUAGGGGACCUAGGAAUCGGCCCUUGUUUCUGGACUAACCUUUUCAGGUUUUUUCUUUCUGUAUGUUUUUGUGUAUCAGGACAGCAAACAUGCCCUGAUGUCCUUUUAAGACAGUGCCUCCUAACGUCAGAAGACUACUGAAAUCAACCCUGUUUGUUUUGAAUCAGGGUCCCAAUAAGAACAAGGCCAAUAUGAAGAAAAACAUGAAGUAUCAACACCACAGAUUGGUAGUUUUUCGUAUCUGUAGAUGGAUGAAGUCUGAACCCAGGAGUCUGCAUACAACAGGGGCCUUUUAAAACCAUUUUGAAGAGAUAGAAAAACAAAAAACGUAGAAGAAAUCAAUUUGUUUUCGCCGUGGCCUCAUUGUACUGAUGAUCUUGUUAGAGGAUUAAUCAGGAUGUUUAGGAUGGAUUCAGGCCCUUAUCAGUGCUCUGCAGGACUAAAGCACGGCUGGGUGAGGACGACUACAAUAACAAAACUGUACCAAAGCCGAAGUGCUGUACUAUUAUCUUUUCCCCGGACAUUUGUUGGGAGACAUUGUUACACCAUAAUUGUGUCAUUGAUAAAAAAAAAAAGAACAAUGCCGAAUGAGCUUCAUUGUCAUAUUCAAAGCAGAUUGUCAUUGUUUUGGGACUGGAUGUUGGGAAAGGGGGACGGUGAAUAAUUGUUGAAGAGUAAUAAUAUUAGUUCAAAGGAAACCUACAGCUGCCUUGUGAUUGGCCAUCAACCAGGAAGUAGCAAAAGUGCCAGGAUGAUGCAGCAUUCUUUAGUCUGGCUAACCCCCAGUAUGUAAAAUUAUGUAUUCAAUGAAUUCUCAGACGUACACUGUAUUCAGCGUUGAUUUACCAAAUAAUUAUCUAUUUAUUUAUUUAUAUUUAUUUCAUUCUUUACAUUCCUUUGUUAUUCUCAUUUAAAUCACAGUAAUGAUUGCACACAGUGAAUUGCUUUGAGAUUUUCCAGUUUUACCGAGAUUUAACGUUACCUUUCAUGAUGAGUACAUAUUUCCUGAUCACAGUAAAUACCACGUCUGAUUUUAACUGCCAGUCCAAGACGCAGUUCAAAUACUGAGGGGACAAUUUAGAUCAUAAUGCUGUACGCAUAAUCCGAAACCUUUUGGAGAGGUUAGGGGGUUAUUAGUUGAGUGAGGUGUAAAAAAUUGUUAGCCAUAGAGGUUGUUGAUCAGUAUUGUAUUUUUAAAGAAGGAAGCCUUUCACAUGUAAUUUGUAAUGUUGAAUGAAGAAACAAAUGUGUUAUAUUUAUCAUCUAGUUAAGAAGCCAUCAGUAAUUAAGAGAAAAUAUGUAUUCACAACAGAAAGCUGCCUGAUUGCAUCGAGGAGUGUUUUUCCUUAAAACAUAUUCCAUUAUGGCAUUUGUUCAUUUAUUUCUGAUUCUAUUUUGGUAAAUAUCUACAAAAUGCAAUGUUAUAAGCACUAUAAGUAUGCAGGGUUACAUUGUGUUCACUUUAUAGUUUAAAAAAUAUGCGAUGCAAUUGAACUGCAUUGCACCGAAACGCAGGGAGGGACUUAACGUGCUUAUUACACUGUUAUUACAUGUGUUACGACACUGGAGAGCUGUGAUGUAAAGCCUUUAGUAUCUCUUAAAAUAUUUCUAUCACAUAUCACCCUCUUGUAAUUACACAGACGUUCUUAUUCCCCAUCCAUCUGUGUGCACCAGCGUCGCUCACAAGAUGCUCUUUAGACAAACAGCGUACAGUUAAAAUGUAUCGUCUACCAGUCUGCUACCUGCAGCUUGUUUUUUUUUAUUUUACGUAGCCGGCGUGCCAAGCAGAAAGGGAAAAAAAAUAAGAGACUACUCUCUACGCUCUGUGUUGUCCAUUGUUUGUUAGCCUCAUGCGGCUUCUAUCUUGUGUAAUAGUUUAGCGUAGAACCCCCUAGAAGGCUCGCUCUCUCUCUUCUUACUAUUUUUGUAUCUUGCAGAAUGAAUUUCAGACACAACUCUCGAGUUACCUAGGAGACAAAGCAGGGGAUUUAAGGAUGAUAUCUUUAUGUAUAUUUGCUGCCAAAGAGAUGUAUUGAGGUCAUGUGACACACAAUGCUAGUUUGACAAGGGUUUGGAUGUAUGGGGUGGGACACUGAGUGAUUGUCAUGGAGACAGUUUGAUUGGCAGUGGUCUUGCACCAUUCAAAGUUGGUUGUUCAAACAGGGGGUGGGUCCGAAUGCUGUAUAGUCGAGGAGGAACGGUGUGUUCCCUUAAUGUAUGUAUGUCACAUGAUGAAGUUGUUGUAUCUAUACGGCAAAGGUUAAUAAAUUAAAUUUGACAUG